AUGACGGACAAAGAAGAAACCGGCGACGGGGAACAAGACGAUAUCUCGUUCUUGCGAACGGGUGAUAUCGUCGCGAUGACCUGUAUGGCUGCGGCAAAUCGUGAAGGUGUACUCGGUUCUGAACGAGUUUGUCUAUGCACCGAAGGUUUCGGUAAUCGGAUGUGUGCCCUGGAGAAUGUUUCUGAUAGGGAUCUGCCACCGGACAUAGCAAUGUGUAUGCUUUACAUUGACAAUGCACUAUCGAUGCGGGCACUCCAGGAAAUGAUGAGCAGUGAUAGCGAACUUGUAAGCUUUUCCUGA